UCCUUUAAAAUCCGUAAAUUAAAGCAAAAAUAAUCUCAUCAAAGAAAAAACUAGUCACUGCACUCUCACUCUCUCUCUCUUAAGUCACCGCCGCACGCAAGCAAAGCAACGAACCACCUCUCUCUCUCUCUCUCUCAUAAGCAAUGGCUAACGUCAAACAAACCAGUCGCCGUCGUUCUUCUUCCUUAUGUCACCGUCACCCUUCCGCUAAACCAACCAGCGGUUUCUGCGCUUCUUGCCUCCGUGAACGUCUCGUCACUAUAGAAGCUCAGUCUUCUUCUUCCCCAGCCGCCGUUCAGACUCCUGAGCUCCGUCGUAUUCGAUCACACUCUGUUCGUAACGCGUCAGUCUCUGUUUUAACUCAGCCGCGGCGGAGAUCGUGUGACGCUAGGUCAAGCGCUAGCUCUCUACACGAUCUGUUUGUCGAUGAUGACGAAGAACGUUUGGAUAGUUCGAUUCGGAAGCCUCUGGUUCCGGAGUUGAAAGAGGAAGAAGAAGAAGAAGAAGAUUACUUCGAUGGAGAAGAUAUCAAAGGUUUUGAUGAAGGCAAGCCGAGGAAGAUUGUUGAAGAAGAAGAAGGUAUAGAGAACAAGACGAUGAAGGAGUUUAUAGAUCUUGAUUGGGGAAACCAAAUCAAGAAGAACAAUGGUACUAAGGAAAUAGCAUCGGUUUUGAGUAGGAGACUUAAGAUCUUUUCAUUGAAUCAUCACAAGGAGAAGAGAAAAGAUGAACAGUCAGAUUCUAGAUUCGUUCUUGGUCGUCACUCUUGUGAUGUGGAUCCUAGAUUGUCUUUUGAUGGAGGUAGGAUCUCGUUUGAGAAGCCAAGGGCUUCAUGGGACGGAUGCUUGAUUGAGAAAUCGUAUCACAAGCUGACGACAUUGUCUACUGUGACAGAAGAUGCUAAAGCUAAAUGUGGUGGUAAAGAAGAAGAAGAGGAGGAGGAGGAGAAGAGUCCUGGUGGGACAGUUCAAACGAAGAACUAUUACUCGGAUUCCCGUAGAAGGAGAAGCUUUGACCGAUCGGUUUCGAUUAAGAGACAUGGAUUGCUUGAGGUUGAUGAUAUGAGAGGUAUUUCGAAUGCUAAGGUAUCACCUGAAACUGUUGGUUUGUUUCAUGGUGCUAAGUUAUUGGUUACAGAGAAGGAACUUAGGGAUUCUAAUUGGUAUUCGAUCAAAAAUGCUAAACCAGAGAGUAAAGAGUUAGUUUCUAAAGGAAAGAUUUGUAUUGGUGCUGCUGGUGAGGGGAAGAAGCAGGAUAGUGUAGAGUUAAAGAAACCUAGAAAGAAAUGGCCAAAGGGAUGGAACAUUUGGGGACUGAUACAGAGGAAAAGCGAGGCGAAGAACGAAAUCAAAACCGAGCAAAGUUUGAAACUUGAAGGGAAUGCAGUUGAGGGUUCUUUGGCUGAGUCUCUGUUGAAGCUUAGGAGAGUAAGUAAAGGAGAAACCAAUGGUGGUGUUAGUGAGAAGCUAUUGAAAAGCUACAGCGUAAGCGCGAGAAAGUCUUGUGAUGGUGUGUUUAGUGGUGCUAAUAUUUCCAGUGGCUUUGAAGGUGGAAGAAGCUCCUGUGAUGGUUUGUUUCAUGGAUCUAUUAACAGUGUUGAGGUUGGAAGAAGCUCCUGUGACGGGUUGGUUAAUGGCAUUGAGGAUAAACAAAAUCCUCAUCUACUCCAGAGAAACGCCAAUGUUGGUACGCGCGGCCGAGAAAAACUUGAGAAUAGUUUGUUUAGAUUCCAUAUGACUCCUGCAAGGAGCCAUAAGACUAGCAAAUCCGGGAAGAGUAGGCUGAAGAAUUAGUUUGAUCUAACAUUUGUGUUAGCUCUUGAAUACCCUAUUGUAAUUAGCAACUAAUGUAUUUGUUUACUUUGGUCUAUAGAUAAGUGAACUAAGAUUCUAUUGCAAUUAUGUCCA